AUGUCUGGAUACGGAUACGGUUACGGAUCGAGGCGGGCUGAGCCCGACGAGGGGGAGGAAGAGGAGGAGGACGCUUGGGUAUUCAAGAACCGCAACAAGAGAGACAGGACACAGUUCAAAGCCGGAAGUAUCCCUCGGCCUGUAAGAAAGCUACGACGCGAGAAGAAAGAAGACGACGGCGACUCUGCAGCAGUUGCCCCCCCAGCCAAGGAGGAACAGCACGUCGACACGGCCGCAUCCGAGGAGGCCGCGGCAUUCAUUCGUGCGUAUGAGGAGCAGCGGGCGAGCGAAGAGGCGGCGACGUACGGAAACCCGCCGAUCGAUGACGAGAACGCUGAUGGCGCAUCUGCUCGAGAGGAAGAGCAGAGCCCGAUUGUUGAGGACUUUGAGGCGAAUCUCGAUGAUGUCCUAGUCAUGGCAGCUGGUCCGUCGCUGGACGAUGAGCUGGGCUCGGAUUACGACGGAUACAGCGACAAUGGCGAGAUCAACGAAGAAGCUGCUUCUGACGAAGACGAUCUCACCAUUGACUCGGUGGGUGCAAGUCCUUCGCCGUCAAGCAAUGCUACGAGUGACGAGGCGAGUGAUGCUGGGAACGAUUUGGUUGAGUCUACCAGCACGGAACCGGCUCGGAGCCUGGAGGGUGACGUUUUGGAGAUGCGCCGAGAAUACGAUGGCCUGAAGAAGGAAUUGGAGUCUCGCAAUGCAAGGACUGCAGAGCUGGAGGAGGAGCUGGAAACUCGCAGCAAGCGCGCCGAGGUACUGCAGACGGAUCUGGAUUCUCGAGACAAGCAAAUCGCAGCAUUGGCAAAGGACCUGGAGGCUCAUGAAGAGAAGGCUACAGCACUGAGGGCAGAUUUGGCUUCUCGUGACGAGCGGAUCGCGGCAUUGACAAACGACCUGGGUGCCCAUGACGAAGAACUUGGACGGCUUGCAAAGGAACUGGAGACUCGCAAGAAGCAACUUAUGACACUCACCAAAGACCUCGAAACUCGUGACCAGAGAGUUGCAGCACUGGAGAAGGACCUGGAGUCUCGCAACAAACAGAAUGCAACACUGAUCGAUGACCUGGAUGCUCGCGACAGGAAGCUUGCAGCACUCCAGAAGGAGCGAGAGGCUCACGACAAGGACAUUGGCGCAAUGAAGAACAGCCUGGAGUACCGCGACGAGGAAUUUGCAGCACUGAAGAAGCACUUGGAGGCUCGGAGCAGCGAGAUUGCAGCUCUUGAGAAGGAGCUGGGGUCUCGCAACGGGGAGUUGGCCGUACUCAAGAGGGACUUGGCACUGCGCGACAAGAGGAUAUCUGGACUGGAAGCCCAGAACUUGCAGCUCACCAAUGGAACAAGCAAGACGGCCUCGACUCGGGACUCUGCCACCAACACCGAGGCAUUCACCGGAGACGCUGUCUCACGGCCAGGCUCGUCUAGGGGAGUUGAGAUUGAUCAGCGACUCGUUACGGCUGAGCGGAAGCAAUCAUCAUCACCAACGUCUCCUUCGGCCAUGAAGACGGCCGAAGUGGUUCGAUUCAUCCAGAUGAUUUCCGCCAUGUUGAAGGCCUUCUAUAUCGCCGGUAUCAGCCUGGCGAGCACGGCAUCAAAGGAAGCAAGUUUAUUCCUCUCCUCUGUGGGCAGAUCGGAAUCAUUCCGACGAGCGGUAGAUACCGCCCGGCGAUCGGUGCAGGCAUCCGCCAUUUAUCUGGCAACUCCCUUCUGGAUCAUCAUGAGCUUUGCCAUGUUCAUGUCUAUAUGGCAUGAGAGGAGCUACUGGGUGCAAGCAAAUGCCGUGACGAGGAAGCAUUUGCUGAAGCAUGCGACGGGAGUGUCUGAGAUUGCGGACUGGGAGGUGUUUUUUGCCAUUGGAAGUGCGGCGAUGUCGCGUUAA